CUAACAGCACCCAAGGCACACAAAGCUCCACCCGCACCUCGCCGACCUCCACCAGAAACAUGGCUCGCACGAAGCAGACCGCCCGUAAAUCCACCGGAGGCAAGGCCCCCCGCAAGCAGCUCGCCACGAAGGCCGCUCGCAAGUCGGCCCCGACGGCAGGCGGCGUCAAGAAGCCCCACCGCUACAGGCCCGGAACCGUGGCUCUUCGCGAGAUCCGUCGGUACCAGAAGUCUACCGAGCUGCUCAUCCGCAAGCUCCCCUUCCAGCGGCUGGUGCGCGAGAUCGCGCAGGACUUCAAGACCGACCUCCGCUUCCAGAGCACGGCCAUCCUGGCCCUGCAGGAGGCCGCCGAGGCCUACCUGGUGGGUCUCUUUGAGGACACCAACCUGUGCGCCAUCCACGCCAAGCGCGUGACGAUCAUGCCCAAGGACAUCCAGCUGGCCCGCCGGAUCCGCGGCGAGAGGGCAUAAGCCGACCCCCCCCCCCCCCUCGGGUUACAUUUUGCUUAUCUCUUGUGAAAAAUUGUUUUUUUAGCGUAUGGGUCCAAAGGCUACGUUUUGUUUCUUCGCCCAGGUGUUGUUUUGCUUUUGUGUAUAGGGUGCGGCGGCGGCUCAGCUGCUGUGCGAGCACGGGGCAAUGGGAGAAGUCCUUGUUUAUAUGGUAUGGUAAUUUUUUUGUGUGAGAGCAUGGAUCGUUUUGACACUGCUGUCUGCUUGUAGGCUGAACAUCUGCUAUCUGCUUGGAAUACUGUAGACUUGAAAAGUGCCCCACAGCCUGGGUUACGAGAACUGCUUUGUAAAGGUAGCAACAUUGGGUGAGAGAGGAGAGCGGCUGCAUGCUUUUGCGCUUGGCCCUAUGGUCUUGGGUGGUCAACACUCCACAAUGGGCAAGCAGGGUAAAUCAAUAGUCUCUCCGUUUCUGACUACCGUUGGUCGCUCGUUUUUCUGAGGCGUGUGGUUUGGAUGAAACCGUACUUCGAUUAGACCAGAUACCAUUAGCGUUGCAAACGAUACAUCUUAAUAUGCAUGCAUACCUGUUUGUGUUUCUUUUUGUCUUUGAAACUUCCCACUGACUCACCUAAUUUCUCCUCUCAUGAUGUGUCGAUGAAUCACGCGUUGAGAUGAGAUUGAUUUUCUUGUGCAUGCGCUGCGGUGUUCUUUUGUACAGGCAGGUUUAGGGGUCGCUACCGCAGCAUUCAUUCGGUCAUUGUUCCCAAUCUGAAGCUUGCUUGUGGGUUUUUCAGAAGGCGGGCGAAUGUCUUUGGCCUCAGUCUUAGCGAUAAAAUGCUGAGAACCAAAUGGGAGAGGGCGGAAGAGCGGGGCUCUAGCAAAGCAAUCAAUGAGCGUGU